GAGCCGGUUCAAAGAGCCGACUCGUUGUCAAACGACAUCACUAGCUAGCGAAGUUGCUGAAGCUAACGAGUGCCACAGAGUGAAAAAUAGGAGCAGCUUAACGGCUAAUUGUGUUAUUGUAUUUAUAUUGAAUGACUGUAGAAUAUUAUUUGACAACUGUAGAAUAGUCGCUGAGACUUGUGGGUAGACAGGAGGUGGAUGCUGUAAGGUUGCUUUGGAGCAUCAAUGCUUCAAGACGAGACUGAAAGGCUAAAAUAUAGCUAGCUAGCUAUUGGUUAGCUAGCGUGCUACGCUAAAGUCACCGCUUAGUGCCAAUGAAGCUGAAGUAAUUGCUUGGACAGUUCUUGUGCAUGUGACUCAGCUAAUAGCAGGCUGCUAAUCGGGGCGGACUGAAAGGGUUUGUUGACAUGUCGUCUCCAUCACCGGUCCAGAUAAGAGAGGCGAACGCGCAUCUGGCUGCUCUGCACAGGCGAGUCGCAGACCUGGAGCAGAAACUCGAGGCAGCCGAGAACACGCUGCGGGAGCAGGCAGAGAGUCUGAUCCGGAAAGACGAGCAACUCAGGGCAGCAACACAGGAAAUAACAGAGAGCAAGGACAGGGAGAUUUCCUACCUCCACGAGAAGCUUUGUCAGUCAGAGGAAUCCAUUCAGAAACUCCAGCACAUGGUGAAGGAGAAAGAUUCCCUGAUUGGGCAGUUGCAGCACCGCUGCCAGCUGUUGGACAACAUCUGCAAAAGCCGUCCUCUGUUAGACAGCAUGCUGGCCCAGAUGGCUGAGGCUGAGAGAAUGGGGCCUGUUAUUGACUUGGUAAACGCCACAGCAGACACUUCACUCACAGAUGGAGAGUCCAACUGCAGCCCUUGUGGUCUCUCCAAUCACAAAGACUUUUCGCUCAGCGAGGAUGACAUGGACGAUCCAGAGCUGGAGGGCGUAAUGUUUGGAACGACAGUAUGAAAAGAACAGCGGACCUAUCAUGUUUCCAUAUUUUGUGUCUUGGGUAGAGCAGAUGUGGAACUUUGUCCACUAUGAGAAGCAUUGGACAGUUUUUGGUUGAUUCUUUUCAUCCAAAUGUGUAUCCAGUCCUAUUCAUAUCCCUUUUUUUUUUUUUUUUUUUUUAAACACUACAUGAGUAUGAAUCAGCAAACUGCUCCCAUGACAUUAUCUCAGUAAAGCUGGUUUAAAUAUGGUGGCCUAAGACAAUAAUUCACAAGGUUUUAACCUCUUAUCAACCCAUUUCUUAACAUUUUCAUUUUAAGAUUUGACCACCAAAAGUGAUGUAUUUACACAUGCAAGGUUUAUCUUUUUUUUUUUUUUUUAAAACCAUAAUUAUUUGGGAACCGUCAUUCAGCACGACGAAAAGCCUCACCCAAUUUGUACAUGACCUACAUUCCUUGGUGUCUCAUCAUAUUUGAUUCUGUGCCACUAACAUUUUUAUACAAAUGCAAAUGUUACUGAGUAAAUACAAACGUUACUCAGACAUUGAGAUGGGUCAGUCAAACAGAAGUCGAUGUCUGGGUUGGUUGCAAAUAAUCUUCACACAAUUUGUAAAUGCUUUAUUCUUAAUUUAGUUGUAAUUCCCUUGUCACUCCUUUAACAUUAAUUUUUAGAUCACAAAAAUCCAUUUUAUUUUCAGUUACAUACUGAAUUCAGUCUGAACACAUGCAAGUUUUAACAUUAUUUGGAAAAAAUGAAUGGUUCCAGUUUCCUCAUCAGCUUGUUGGAUGGUUUUUCAUUUGUCUCUCAAAAUGACAUUCAAGUGGGUAACUGUUGCACAUAUUCUAGCUAUCAACUGUCCUAUUUGGAACAUUACAGCUAGAAAAAAACUGUUAAGUAUCUUACUCUGUUUUAUGCAAAGGUGAAGUGUGCUACUGCAUUAUGGCACAGUGCUUGUGUUAUCAGGGCAUGUGUGUGUUACCUUUUAUUUUCUACAGAUUUAAUUGGUGCCUCAAAUGUGAUCACUUGGUCUAUGGAAUUAUUUAUUCUACAUUAAUAAACUAUUUUGCUAUUCUA